AGGUUUCGGGUUUACGGGAAUCACUCCCAAGUGAAGUUGUUGCUCAGGAUCUGGCUAUGGCGGAAGAGCUCUCAACCGAAUCGAACGUCUUGAAAGAGGUGGAAGGAGGAUGUGCGUGGAGAAGCCUGCGUCAUCGAAUUGCGAGAUUUAGCGAUUCGUAAGCAUGAGAGCUGGACCUGGCAGUUCUCAGUCAAGUACAUGGAGAGUAUUACUGAUAUAGUCUGAGCCACGUCCUUCAUGUCGCGGAGCGGGCUGAGCAUUUGGAGGGUAUUAUCUGAAAACGAAUGUCACCUGUAGCAUUCAAUUUCCUUGAAUGUGAGUGUUUAGUCGGAAUCCAGCUACUGACAUGAACAGCGGCAAGUUGUAGUGGCACGAAUUACCCUCAUAGGCGACGUCUGAUCUGCACUUCUGCAAAUUACAUUUGACCUAUGUCUGUAACCAUGUGGACCCCGUGAUUACACUGCACACUGAGGAUUUAAGAUGGGAAAGCAACGAGCUUUGUCACGUGUGUUCUUUUCUUGGCACCGAGGACGAGAGCGAGAUUCUGCUCUUGUGUCAUCUUGCUUGAGCCGUUUCCUUGGAAGUUUCAAGUCCUGUGAAAGAGAAUUUUGGAGUGAGCGACUUCAUGCUCAAACUAGGCCUCCGAUCGCUUCAAAGAGGCCUUUCCUAAAAGAAGCUCAUGGCAUCAAGUGGAACGAUCCAUACCACUGGAUGUCGAGUCCCUCUGAGAAAGCACAUUUGACCGAGCAUGUUCGUCGGGAAAACCGGUAUGCAGACGUGAUAAUGGCUGAUACUUUACCCUUACAACACCGCCUGGUCCAGGAAAUGGAGGGCAGGAUAAGCGCAGAGCUUGUUACUCCUCCAGAGCGCUGGGGAAGCUGGUUGUAUUACAGCAAAGUUCCAGAAGGAGCAGAAUUUCCAGUUUAUUGCCGGCGGCGAGCAGAAGGAUGUGAUGUGAAGGGUUUUAUGAGCACGCAUGAGGAGAUUCUGCUUGACCAGAAUGCCAUAGCUAGGGAAUUCGGUUAUGCGCAUGUGGGGAUGUGCAAGUUGUCAGCAGACCACAAAUUGCUAGCCUAUACUGUGGAUAAGAAUGGUUGUGAGGAAUUCACUCUGUUUGUGAAGGAUUUGAGUUCCGGGCAGGUUCUGGCUCAGCACACUGUAGAAGGCGUUGUGAGCGUUGAAUGGGCGCAGAGCGAGCCAAGCCUAUUCUACACCGUUGCUGACAACUUAAUGCGACCUUUCAAGGUGUAUUGUCGCAGCUUGGACUCCUCUACUGGGAGCAAACUGGUACUGCAGGAAAACGAUGAUUCUAGGUUUGUGGAUGUCGCCAGAACGAAGGACUGGCGUUAUUUGACACUCAACGUUAAUUCUAAGACGUCAUCCGAGGUCCAUCUCGUGGAUGCAAGAAAUCCUGGAGGAAAAGUACGCAUUGUGGAGCCCCGCAGAUCAGAAGUCGAGUAUUUUGUGGAGCAUCAUGAUGGAUUCCUCUAUAUUCUUACUAAUUCAGGACUUUCCCCUAAUUACCGACUAGUAAGGUGUCCUGUUUCGACACCUGGCUCAGAUCAUUGGGAGGAAGUCAUUCGGGUGGAAGAGGAUAUGGCCAUUGUGGACAUGGAUGUAUUCCACAAACAUUUAGUGCUUUACCAGCGAAAAGCGGGCCUGCCUCGUGUACAAAUUUUGGAUCUGCCUCACAAUGAGACGUGUAACGAAAGAAGAGGAAGGGAGCUUUCCCUUCCACAGCAGGUUUGCAGUAUUCUCCCAGGUGUCAAUCAAGACUUCUUCUCACCAUCGAUCCGACUAACUAUAAACUCACCAUUGAUGCCAGAAGCAACCUUCGACUAUGACCUUCGUACUGGUGAAUCAACUUUUUUGCAGCAAAAUCAAUAUGUCCUGCAGCCCAAUACUCAAAACAGUCGAUCCCUUGUUGAACGCUCAGAAAGUAGACCACCAAAUACCAAUUGUGUGUGGCGAGAUCUUUCUUCUUUAUAUGUGUGCAAACAGGCUAUUGUAACUUCAUCAGAUGGAGUCCACGUUCCACUUACUAUAUUUCAUUCCAGAAAUGUCGUCAAGGAAGGAACUUCUCCAGCUCUGUUGCUCGGCUAUGGAGCUUAUGGCCAGAUUCUUGAGACGGAAUGGUGCAGUGACCGGUUGAGUCUUCUUGACCGUGGUUGGGUUCUUGCAUUUGCUCAUGUGAGGGGUGGUGGAGAACUCGGCAGAGAAUGGCAUCAUGCUGGAAGGCUGACAAAGAAGUGUAACUCUUUCCAAGACUUCAUAGCCUCUGCCAAUUAUCUUGUGGAGCAUGGUUACGCGCAUCCCAGUAAGUUGGCCGCGUGGGGAAUUAGCGCAGGAGGUCUCCUGGUUGCUGCCACUAUCAACAUGGUCCCUGAUCUAUUUUGUGCUGCCAUACUCGAGGUUCCUUUUGUGGAUGUUUGCAACACAAUGUUAGAUCCAACCUUGCCAUUGACAGUAGCGGACUAUGAUGAAUGGGGAAAUCCUGAGGAUCCUACCUACUUCAAUUAUAUUCGUGAAUACUCACCAUAUGACACACUAAAGGAGCGGACCGCCUAUCCAGCAUUGCUCGUUUUAGCCUCUCUGAAUGAUACUCGAGUGGGGUACUGGGAGGCGGCGAAGUUGGUUGCAAAGAUUCGAGAUUUGGCAAUUGUAGGCGAGGACAAGCCCGUAAUUUUGAAGACUAGCAUGAAUACAGGCCACUUCGGUGAGAAAGGCCGGUAUCAGCACUUGAUAUCGACAGCGCUUCAAUAUGCCUUCUUGAUGAAAAUGAUGGAUAAUUGAGGGCGUCAAUUGAUGUUUACCACGUGGCAUCUUUAUUGAUAUGAACCUCACGCAGAUGAGAAUUUAAAUGUGAAGGGAAUCCUAAUCAUCUGUCGACGACGUGAUAAUUGUCUACAACCUCGAUCAAGGGACUAAAGUCCGACGCAGCCACACGGGAUCGUGGGCCGAGUUAAAGUCUGCACACAACAACCUGACACUAGGUACCGGGAAGGGUCAUGGGGGGAUGAACUGUAGUACUUCUCAAGACCCACCUCACAUCAUGCGCAGAGAAGGAUAAGCGGUACGAGGAGAGCUCAAUCUUCGUCCGCCCUCAAAAGUUCCCUUUAAGUUUAGUAGGUCCUUCCUGCAAGCGGAGAUGAGUUCGCUUUUCCAUAAUGCAGGUGUCCUUGACGGUAGUUACAUGAUUGUCUCAAAAAACAGAAUUCUAAAGGACAACAUCCCAAUGAGACAACUAAAAAAGCGGGAGGAGGUCCUAUCUUGAAGUAUGAUUUGUUUUGUUUAGUUUCGUUUAUUGUGUUUUUUGCGUCAGUAGCGUCAAAUUUCAUUAGUACCCAAGCAUGCAUGGUUGUAUGGAUGGAGAGACUUAACCCGUGGAGCAGAGUACGAACAGUAGACCACAACUGUGGUCCAUAUAAAAUCUUAAAUAUAAAGGAAGUUGCUGCGAUGAAAUGAGAUGAGAGUUUUAUAUAUCUUCAAUUGGA